UUACAAGUUGCAUCUCGGUUUGGGGGACCGUUGUUUUGGUGCAUUUCAUUCUUCGUUCUCUAGUCCCACUGUCUUGAAAGCUACACUUCUCUCUUCAUUUCAUCCCCUUGUUCAUGAAUUAGGGUUGGAAAAUUUGGUUCGAAGGAUAAAAUCGAGUUCUUGUAGUUCCAUGGUUAUGGGUUAGGGGUUAUAUUAAGAAUUGAAGGGGGUGAAAGAAGAGAUGAACGUGAGUCAUCCAACUGUUCACCCAAUAGAAGCUCCACCACUUACAACGACUGAUGGUGGUGGUGUAGUUAAUGAAGUACCAGUUAGAGUAAGAAUGACAGAUGUUCAAGGCAUGCCGGGGACUUUAGGAGGUCUUUUGUUAAGGAUUUGUCAAUUCUUUUUUGCAGUUGCUGCUCUUUCUGUUAUGACUUCUACUAGUGAUUUCGCUUCUGUAACAGCAUUCUGUUACCUUGUUGUGGCGGUUGCGUUGCAAAGCUCGUGGAGUCUCUUGCUAGCCAUGGUUGAUAUAUAUGCCCUUUUAGUGUGCCGUUGUUUGCGGAAUUCUCGUGUUGUUGUUUUCUUCACCAUUGGAGACGGGAUUACAUCCACAUUGACAUUUGCUGCAGCAUGUGCAUCUGCAGGCAUCACAGUACUCAUUGGGAAUGAUCUCAAUGAAUGUGGCCAGAACCAUUGUGUUAGGUUUGAGACCGCAACGGCAAUGGCCUUCUUGAGUUGGUUCACCGUGUCACCAUCAUUUCUCUUAAACUUCUGGUCUUUGGCUGCUCAUUGAAAGGGAAUUACGCAAAUUUAACUUUUAACUUUUCCUCUUACUUUGCAAAUUUAACUUUUAACUUUCCUUUUCCUUUUUGUUUAUUGGGUGUUUACUUCUAUUAUUAUACCACCAGGACUUAGAUAUUUGAUUAACCCUCGGUAUGUGUGUGUAUAUAUAUAUAUGUUUUUUUAUGUAUAACAUAUAGUUCUUUGCUUGACA